AUGAUGGCCUCUGAGCGCCUCUACGCUUUGACAAUUUACGGCUACCGCAAGCCAGGUAUGCCUGAGGAUGAGUAUCAUCGUUAUCUAAGUGAUCACCAUGCUAUUUUGGUGAGAAACCAUCUCGUGAAGAUGGGUAUUGUCAGAUACACUCUGACGCACAACACGUCCGAGACAAAAGAGAUGAUGAAGCGUAUCUUUGGAAACCUUCCAGAGGGCCAUACCUCUGAUUGCGACUGCUUGGCCCAGAUUAUCUUUCGUGAUGUGGAGGAUUAUGUCCGCGCUCGGAAUGACCCCUACUACAAGGAAGUCAUUUUCCCCGAUCAUGAGAAUUUUGCCGACUCUAACAGAACCCAGUUUGUGACUGGCUGGGUGGAGUGCCAUAUUGUUGAUGGGAAGAUAGUCUAG